AUGGGCAUCAGAGAAGGCAAGAGUUGCAUCGACGCAGCCUAUGUUCUCCUUGCGGCUAUACACCUUAGAUUACGUCAAACAGCAGCAAAAGCUUACUUAUUAUUUGUCGAUUUUAAACGAGCCUUCGACUCAGCUCCCCAUGAGCUACUUUGGAAAAAACUAUAUUCUCUUGGAAUGAGUACCGAACUCAUCUUGAUAUUAAAGGGUCUAUAUGAACAAGCGUAUGUCCAAACAAAACAAGGCAGCCAGACUACUGAUAAAUUUUCAGUUACUGAAGGUGUACUACAGGGAGAAACCCUGAGUCCACUGCUUUUCUUACUGUUCCUUGCUGAUAUUGGAACAUUCUUUCGUUCUUAUGGGUGCGACGGAAUAAACGUGAAUAACCUCCUAGAUCUAUUAAUUCUUUUACACGCAGAUGAUACCGUCCUUCUUGCCUGUAAUGUCAAAGACAUGAUCAAACUGCUCAAAUUACUAGAAAAAUAUUGCGAUAUGAAUGACCUUGCUGUAAACAUUAAAAAAACAAUAUAA